AUGGACGAAAGCUCAAGCUCGAGCUCGAAGCAGGUAUAUCGAUUGAAACGGGGGACAAGAGUCGAGGAUAUCCAACCCAGCUCGUCCUCUCAUAUCCCUCCAUUGUCCGAGUUUGACGGGCCUUUCCAACUGGCCGAGUACCUCUCUCUCAAGGUCAGGUCGGACCCUCACGAUAUCAAAGGACUCGUAGAAGUCCCAGGAACAAGCAGUAAGAAACGAGGCGUCGACGAGAAGCAUGUCUGGCUAUACGAGCAUCUAAGACGCAUACCGAUUGAUUUGACUCCCCUGAUCACCUCCCUCUUAUCUAUAUGUACUCGGGAGACAUGUCCCGAGAUGAAGGCAAACGAGUGGCAAUAUUUGUGCAUUGCGCAUGAUGGGAAGACUGAGGAAUGUUGCGCUAUCGAUUACAUCUUGCAUACGAUUGACUCCACGGUUGCGCUCCUCAAUUCUCCCCAGCAGUUCCCUUCAAGACUUUCCAUUCCUGCAGCCUCAUUAUCCUACUUUCCUUCCCUCUUCCGGCGACUCUCGCGAAUCUUCUCUCAUGCCUUUUAUCACCAUCGUGAGGCGUUCUCCCUAUGCGAGGUUGAGACAGCCUUGUAUGCAAGAUUCGUGGCUCUUUGUGAGACGUACGAAAUGGUCACAGACAACCUGCUAUACGUCCCAAAAUCCGCUACGAAGAUACAUUCUGGUCAUGAGGACGAUGUGGAUGUAGAUAUGAAUGAGAAGAAGGGUGCAGAGGAGGAGGAAGAGGUGGAUAAUGAGGAUGAGGAAGAUGAGGAAGAAGAAGACGAAGAGGAGGAAGAGAGUGAGGAGGAUGAAAGUAGAGGAAGGGAUAAGGAAGAGAUGGACAACGCUGGGAAACGAACUCGAUCAUUGGACCGAGAUCGACUCUCUAAGAACGUUGACGAUAUUCCUCCGUCUCGAUCUCCCGCCGUUGUGUCGAACAAGGAUACACAGUCGUCUCCUCAAGCCUCAAGCUCCAGGACCCAAGGCCUAGCAAACGGCAGCCCAAACAAGAGCCUACCCUCUCGGACAGGAACCAUGACUCCAGCUUCCGACGAAAAGGUGUCACCGUCACGCGACAACGUUUCUCAAAAGGUACAACAAUUUGAAGAGGGCCAAGGAUCACCUGAUCAAUCUUUCAAAUCGAUCCGAGGGACAUUAUCACGAGGUACGAAUGGACGGGGGAAGCAACCGCGAGGAACGAUGCUUUGGUCAUCCGAUUCUGAAUCUGCGGCUCUUCCAACUGUCCCAGAACCGGGAUCAGACUUGAUUCGAACAGAGAGCAACGAAACGGCUAUUCAUGUGGGAACGUCAGACGAGAGUGAAAGUGUCAGCACUGCUACAAGCGACGAGGUUCCCAAAGACGAGAUUGAUCUACUGGAAGAGCAAGGCAAGAUUCCACCUGUUGACUCUACGUUGGAAGCCAUCAACUUGAACGACCCGACGCCAAGUCUGGAAGAUACGCUCAAAGAAGCAUUAUCGGAUUCUGUGCCAACACCCGAACUUGAGAAGGAGGACGCGGACAAGUCUGUUGAGACCGCGGCGAAUGAGGUGGAAAAGCUUUCGUUAGAGGAUGAGGAUGUGCCGGAUCCAGUUAACGCCGUGGAGGCGACGGCCCCGGACAUCUCAUCGUCUGAUGCGCCGCCAACGUCGAAUGGAUCUACGGAGGAAGGCACGGUCACCUCGAUGAUGCCCGAGUCACCCGCUCAAGGACGUAAAGCGAAUCGUAAGAAGGGCAAGGGGCGGUAG